AUGAAUCAAGCUGAUGUGACUAAGCUAGUAUCAAAGCUUCGAAUUAAAGUACCACCUGAACAUCGUCGUCUUAGAAAUGCAGAUGGACCUCAAGGCAGAAUUAAUAGAUUGCGUAAAACUGUUACUGGUCUUAUUAAAUAUGAAAGAAUUGAACUGAAUUUUCAUAGAGGCGAUGAAGCGCGUCAAUAUGCCGAAAGGCUCAUCACUGAAGCUAUUAACCAUGGUGACUGUCACAAACCAACAAUGGAAAUUGCAGAUUAUUGGCUAUUAGAGAAAGAACUAGUUCACAAAUUAUUUAAAGUCUUAGUACCUAGGUUUGAGAAUUGUAACACAGCAUAUACUAAAAUGUACAAAGCACCAAGAGCAUACUAUGAUGCAGCAAAAUAUGAUUACAGACAAACUAAAUAUGCAGAAAUGGCUGAUAACAUGACUAAGAAAGAGGAGGUGCAACAAAAUAAUGAUGAAAGUAAAGAGACC